AUGGAUUUUGAAGAAAAUUUUCCAAGGGUUCAAAAUUCCACCGAGUACUUCGACACCGUGAUUGGUCACAUCGAAGAUGUCGUAAUCGGAGGGGAGUUUCAGGAUAUGGUAAACCAGUUCAUGGAUUGCUACUAUCAUUUGUUCGAAACGGGCGAGGAAAAUAAAAUUGUCUAUACCGAGGUCUACCAGAAAUACACCAAUCUUGUCGAAUCGUUCAUAGUGGAGAAUCUGAACCGCAGAAUGAGCUAUUUCGAUAUGGAUCUGUUCGCGGUUGAGCUGGAAAACAAAAAGGCGCAACUGGAUGGGGAAAUCUUCGAGCUGCUCUAUACGCUGACCGAUUUUCUUGCCUUCAAGGACAUGAUGCUCGAUUACAAGGCUUUCAAGGAGGGGCGCUACAAUGGGCUAAACGAGGGCUUUAGCGUGACUAGUCUUCAGAAGUAA